GUCACAAUGUUUGUCCUUCAUGUCGGGGUUCUUCACUUUUUCAUGGUGCAGGAUGUGUUAGCGAAUAUUUCCCCUUGUUUUCUCUCAGACUGGGGUCCCUGGAGCGCAUGCUCUGUAACAUGUGGCAUCGGAGUGAGAUAUCGCACGACCGAGUGUGAUUCUAGUAAUCCACUACCGGGAGAAAAGCAAACUAAAGUAGAAGAAAGUUGUACAGUUAAGCCUUCUUGCCCGCAAGGCACCACAAGUGGGUCCCUUCUUUUGUCAGGAUACUUCAAUGCUGCUAUGCAAGGCCAUAUGAUCAAGUCUGCAGUUGUGUAUAGCAUAGCAGAAUGUGGAUUGAUGUGUUUACAAGACUCAAACUGCAAGUCCUUUAACACUUGUUCUAGGAAAAGUGAACUCCUCUGCGAGUUAAAUAACGCUACUUAUGAUGAAUAUGGAGAAGAUGUUCUUUCAAAAUUUAAUUGUUCAUAUCACAGGGCUUUAAAAUGAAGUAUAUUUCUUGCUUUUAUCUCUUCAAUACAACAUGCUGAUAUCAAAAUUGUAAUUGUUUUUUGCUACCAUAGUUCAAAAGGUUUUCUAUAGACCAAAGCAAAGGUCUGUUUGCCAAUAAAUAUCACCUUAAAUUUAAUAUCACACACAGCUGCCUCUGUUUACACUAAACUUUUCAGAGCAUUUUCUCACUGAAAAACAAGUUGUAGUUUCAUAAUUGCUAGUCCUCCAGUUAAUUGGAAGUUGAUGAAAAUCUAAUUCAAAGACUUGUCUUUCAAAUUUAUGAUAAAACAUUAAAUCUUGACAGAUGUAGUUUUAUCUUUCAAAUGGAACUCCAUCUCAAAAAGAAGAAAUAGGUCAACCAUUAGGUAGAUAAU